AUGAACAGCUUCUAUGAACUCUUGAAUCACUUGUCCUUACAGUUGUCUCGUCGUGGCCGAUUUGCUGGAGGCGCUUUCCUUCCCCUUCCGGUUGGGCGGCCGAAUUGGGCAAACUACACUACUACAACGUUAUGGAAUACCCUUCUAGGAACAACCCUCCGCCUCUCCGACGCCCAUGCUACCCUCUCCGACAUCUUUGGGAAGCACAUGGUCCAACGUCUCGCCGACAUGGACGAAGACGCGAAUCGUCUACAUAGACAAUGUCGAGAGAUGAUGGUGCGCUGCCAGGAGAAGGUGUUUGCCAACAUCGCUAAGCUGCAGUCUGAUCAGCGGGAAUACGGUCAACGCCAGAACACUCAACUGGACGCUGAUCGCAUCUGUAAGCGCAGUGAAGAAAAGCUCACUGCUGCACUCGAUUACAUCCAAUCAAAGAAGAAAGAGCCCGAGAAAAGCCAGAAAUUCCGGCGUGCUCAAGCUGACUACAAUCAAAAAUACCAGGCCUAUGAGAGUACAGUUUUGGCGACCAAUCAUGCGCGCAACGAGUACCUCAUUCAACUCUGUGCUGCCAACCAAAGCAUUCAUCGCUACUUCACUGAUGAAGUUUCCGAUAUUCUUGAUUGCAUGAGCUGCGGCCUACACAACGGUUUGGCGCGCGCGGCAAUGAUGCAUAUGAGCUGCGAGGAAUCAGUGAAAAACUGUCACGAUUCGGUACGCGAGAUGAUCAACCGCAACAUCACUGCACUUGACUGGCGCGCCGACAAGGCAACCUUCUUGCGUCGCAACGAAGUCGCCUUCUCUCGACCACCUGCAUUUUCCUUUCUCCCUUUCAAGGACGACUGUGAAUCGGAGGUGAUCGCUGUUCCUCCACUCCGUGACAGUUUAGCCGCAACUGCCGCUGAUCUGCGAGCCAACCUUGAUCAGUUGAAGACCUCAACGGAAGAGGCUUGGAACAAUCUGCAAGAAAUCGAGAAGAAACUGUUAGUGCUGAUCAAUCAAAAUGACUACGACGUCUCUGAAUUGUUCGCGGAUCCUGUGCUGUUGGGCAGGCGUCGGCGCCGCCGCUCGGUCAGUCCGGUUAACGGUGAGUCUGCGCGACCUGUUCCUCCAAGUCCAGCUGCUAACGCCGGUGGACCUGCUGCUGCAGCCUCCUACACUUCGCUCAACAAGGGUGGUGGAGGCGGAAGUUGUGGAGGUGGAAACACCCCGCUCUCCUCCUCUCUACCUCCCGAGGAUAUGGGCUCCAAGGCCUCCGUAGGCUCCUCCGGCACUGAAAUCCAACCUGGACUCUAUUUGGCCAUGCGUAAUACCUACCGGGAACAGCGAAUUCGAGAGGAGCGAAUCUAUAUGGAGCGGUUCUCUGCAUACACACAAGAAAUGCACCGUUGCAUUGUUAUGCAAGCAAAGCUAGCUGAGAUUGAGCGCGCUCUAGCCAACUACCAGUCAGCAGCAUCGCUUAAGUCCACGAAGAGACCACCACCCCUCCAUUCUCACCUCUUGAUAUCGGCGUCGGAGCAACCUCAUUGUUCACCCUACCUUUCUGCCGCAUCUGGCAACAGCAGUGGUGAUGCGACUCUGCCGGUAACUGUGUCGACGCCGUCGAGUGAGGCGGGCCCAAAAUCACCGUUUGGAGCACCGCCGCCGCCUCCACCUCCCGCCGCCACCACACCGCCUUCUACUUCUAACCCAAAUGCUACUGCAAUCAGCGUCGUGCAGCCGGCUGCUCUCGUAAAGAUGGCCACUCGCCGCGUCCUCCAGGUACCCAAUGUUGGACGACCCAAACUGUUUGGUGGAACUAUUGACGAAUACGUUACGAAGACUGGCGAACAGAUCCCUCGUGUAAUGCUGUCCUGCAUUCGCGUUAUCAACCUUUACGGCAUGCAUCACCAAGGGGUAUUUCGAGUUCCCGGAAGCCAGGCAGAGAUUAACAACUUCAAGGAGUCCUUUGAAUAUGGCGACGACCCCCUGGUUGGUCUUUCCGACGCACGCGACAUCAAUUCUACUGCGGGAUUGCUGAAGCUUUACUUCCGCGAGUUAGGAGAGCCACCAUUCCCCAAAGGAGUCUUCAUGGAACUUGUCAAAACUGUUCGGGAAAAACGCGAUUCAGAAGAGUGUGUAGACCGCCUUGCGUCGAUAAUUUCUUGCGGCCUGUCACAUUCUGUAUUCAUCGUCAUGCGCUAUCUUUUUGCAUUUCUCAACCACCUUGCUGAAUAUUCUGACGAAAACAUGAUGGAUCCUUAUAAUCUGGCAAUCUGUUUCGGACCAACACUGAUGCCGCCACCUCCAGAUCUAGACCAAGUGGAGUUCCAAUCUAAUGUGAACGACGUUGUGAAGCUCUGUAUUAACCACCACCGACGGAUCUUUGAUCCUACGGUGCCUGGUGCUUACUACGAGAAGUUCGCUGCCUACGCAUCUGCAGUCCCUCCAGUGCUGCCACGCACCAUAGCCAGUGAGGCUGUCAAGAAGGCUUGCAGUCUACGCCAUCAAGCUAACACUCACACAACCACAGCUACGACGGCAAUAACAAGUCAAGAGACUUCUGAGAGUGAUUCUCACCAUAGUCUCUAUAGGCCAGGCACAAGCACAUCCAGGGUGACCGACAGCGUGGGUGUCUCUCACAGACCCGGUAACAAGCAAGCGGACUUCAGUUCUUCGACGGAUCAACUAUCGAUCGACGAUGGACUCGAAGAUGAUAAUGACGAUGAAUCAGACUCGGACAUGGAAGGCGAUGAUUUUCGCCCACUCCAUGCAACUGCGUUGGCAAGUUUCGUGGGUACCAGCGCCCGUGAGCUCUCCUUCCAGCGGGGUGCAGAACUCUUGCUUUACCGUCGUCUCAACGAGCAUUGGUGGGAGGGACAGGCGGCCUCUGAGUCCGAUGGACCGCGCUACCUCGUGCCACAUCUCUACGUGAGGCUGCUGGCUGAAGACACCACACUCACAUCCAUCUCUGUCCGCAAUCCUGAUACAACAGUCGGUGUUACCACCGGCAAGGUUAUUAGACAUGUCGACGACGAUACGUCUCCUUCCUCCACGUCCAAACCCAUUGCUGCUUCAGCUAUUUCAUCGCCUUUAAAGAAGCCGUCACAUCAAUCUGAUGAUGAAGAAAUCAUUUCUUCUUGUGUUGUCACUCUCACCCCUACCUUGGGCAAGUUUUCUCCUACAUCCUAUCCUGCGGUUACCACGUCUGAUUCCCACAAAGACGCUACUCAUAGUGUGUCGCCUAUACCAGCCGGAUCUCGAUGUAUGAUUUCGUCCACCGAUUGCAAAAUCGGGACCAACAAUGCUGACGUGAAAACUCUCCCCGAGACUGACAAAAAAGAUUCUGCUAGUAAUGAUAGAGAAAGCGAUUAUGCCAAAAGAUACACUCGUGCUGAUGACAAUGAACUCGGCUAUGAGCAGGAGUCGGCCUCCACCUCUUCCUCUUCCUCUUCCCUCAUGACUCGAUCUAUGAGCAACUCUCCACCACAUGUGUCACCCCAAAGGCGAGCUGGCAGCAGAUGUUCUUGGGCGGGAACGCCCACAUCUACGGCCCUGGUAGCCUCAACAGUGCCUGGUUUGGAGACCCUACCAGAGGAUAGACUCGCAAAUAUUAGGCCUUCACUAAGAUCCCCCACUGUCGAGAGUUCUGAAAUUAAUGAGCCUUUUAAAGCCAGCAAUGGAUCUCUCAAUGACGUCGACUCCGCUCUUGCUGAGGUGGUGCGUGGCAUGGCGAGCCUGGAGAAGGACCGAUUGCAAGGACCCAAAGUUAGCACAGCAGCAGCGCAGCGGUCACGCGAAUUGGAGCAGAAAAUGCGUCUUCCUUCUGCGGCCAAAUACACCCCCGAUCUCAUUCUAGGACUUCCGGGUCGCCCUCAACCGGCGAACUGGGGUCGUGCUCCUGCCAAGUCGAAGGAGGACGAUUUGUUGGGACCAAGCAAGAAUGCUGCGGACACCUUCGCUGAACAGACAGGUGGCACGGUGCGCAAACGUGUUAGCACGCAAUUGGUCCAAUUCUCGGAAUCCUCGAAGCCACUGACCACAUCCUCUUCGCUCAGUAAUGAUCUCGGUCGCCCCGAGACAGCUGUAAAACCGGUCGCUGCCGCUGCUACAUGGCGAUCCAUAAGGAAAUUGACCUCCCAGUCAGAAGGAGAGAGCAAUGACACAAUGAGCAAGUCUCUUGUGAACGAGAGCAAAAGCGUGGAAAACGCGACAACACCCAACGCCACCGACUCACCGGUUCCAAUCAAGUGUGGAUCGAUAGCAGCUCGCGUUGCAGCCUUCGAAGCCUCCACCAGCAGCGGCGGUGCCUCUGGAAGUGGCUCCUCAACUCGUCCCAGUUGGGUUAAAAAGACUUAG